UCCUGUGAACCUGUUUUUUUCAGUUAUGGCGCAAGAGAUAAUUCACGGGACGGCAAUCAACACCUUCUCCUCCCCCGGUGUAGUGAUAAGAAUUGCUACUUAGUUUCAAAGAUAUUGCAUACGACUUCAGACCUCCCGCUCCUCAGCACAAUUGGUUGCGGCUUCCCUAACCGUACAUUCGUGCCCGUGCUGCUGCAUCGAUGAUCACAAGCAUACAGUGCGUGCUGCACACAUUGUACAUCGGCGCAAAUCUUACCCAAGACCGGUUUUUCUUCUACUAUCACCACCUCGCCGAAGAUAUGACCGAAUACGCCCUACAUCGUGUCGCAGCAGUAACUGCAAUGGUGUGCGUUUGUGACCCCCACCCCCCUCGUAUGUUGUCGCAAUGGUAUGGUGGUGGUGGUGUGCUGGCUGUACAAGCCCUUAUCAAUCUUGUUUGUUGUGAGUGCGGUGCUCCCCAAUUGAUUACACACCGAGCAGUGCUGCUUACUUCCCCGGUUGGAUCAGGGCUGUACUUGUGUAUGUGUGUGCUUGCGUGUCUUAGCAUACCUCAAAUUACCCCCUCUCUUUCGUGUAUGCGAUCGAUCGUACCAUCUCCUAAUUGAUACACGGCGUAGUAACACAACAGCUGACGAUUCGUGCCUCGACGUGCCGCAGCAGCAGCAGUACCCCAGACCCCACCGAACGGGCGAGACACGCCAGUCGAAGCAACGGAGCAACCGAUUGCCCAGGCGUAGCAACCACUUCCCCAGAGCUGUUCCCGCGCGCUCCGUCCAAGAUGCCGACCACGUCCAAGUUCUUGCAGUCGACCAGGAAAAUUAUCGGUGCUGGCGUAAACUACAAAGAAAUUUUGCGCCUCACAAACUCCCCCAAACCGGAUGCACCCGUCAUCUUCUUCAAGCCCAUCUCGUCCCUGCUGGACGCUGGCAGUGGAUCGACUGGCUCCACCGGCACCCCGCCAACCAUCCGCAUCCCGCGCGUCUUCGGCGGCGUAAUCAACUUCGAGGCCGAGCUGGGCGUCAUCAUCGGGCGGCGCUGCGCGAAUGUGCCCACCGACCAGGCGAUGACGUACGUCGGUGGCUACUGUCUCGCCCUCGACAUGACCGGCAUGGACUUUAUACUGGACGCCCGGCCGAAGGGACUGCCCUGGUGCCUUGGCAAGGGGUUCGACACGUCCACGCCGGUCAGCGCGAUGGUGCGGCGGGCCGACCUGCCCAACCCGGACGAUGUGCGCGUCUGGUGCGAGGUCAACGGUGUGCGCAAGCAGGACGACAGUACGCGCAAUCUGAUCUUCCCGAUCGCGGAGCUAAUCGCGUACGUGUCGCGCUUCAUGACGCUGGAGGAGAACGAUCUGCUGCUGACGGGUACGCCGGCCGGUGCCGGCCCAGUACGGCACGGGGACGUAAUUGUGUGUGGGCUAGGGGAAGACCUGAUGACGAUGCGCUGCCAGGUGGCUGAUGAGUAGCGGCGGGGGGGGGGGGGGUUUGCGAAACUUAAA